UCACCCACACGCGCCUGUAGUUCUGUUUUGCUUCCUUCACGCACAUGAGACAAACCAACGUGGCUUCUGACUUUUUUUUAAACGGAGUUACACGUUAAAUAACUAAAACAUCUUCAAACAAACAGUGAAGCGACUCUUCGGUCCUGCUCACAGACCAACAGUCCUCCAGGUAACAUGUUCAAUGAGGAUGAAGACUGGAAUGACGAGCAGGACGCUCGAGCUCUGAGCGAGACUGUCUUCAACAGCAGCCACGCGACGAGCAGCAGCUCAGAUGCCAAGUCCAGGGUUGUUGGAAAGAAGAGUCUGCUGCGGACGCUGCAGACUCUGGGAUCAGUACCAGAGUGGAAAAGCGAUGACCAUCGACAGGACAGUGACAGCGAGACAGAAGUGGCUCCAUCACACAGUGAGAAGAAGAAAAAGAAGAAGAAGAAGAAGAGGAGGAAAAGGGGAAAGCAAGCAGAGGUGAUGGGAGAGCAGGAAGAGAACGGCGACUUAGACGAGACGGUUGAGGAGGAAGUUGUAACAAAGAAGAUGAAGAAAGACAACAAAUCUGGGGCCCCGAAGGUGAAAACCACAUCUGUGAGCAAGACAGAGUGCGCAGAAAUGACAAAGUCUGCAAAAGUGAAUGUAAAUAACCCAGAGAAUACGGAACAACUGAGCAGACAACAGUGGAAAAACAAAAUGAAAAACAAAAGGAAAUGUCAAAAUAAAUACAGAGUACAGAAUGAGCCCGAGGGGAAAGUAAAUGAAGCAGAAUCCGCAGAGAAACACAAGCCAAAGGAAGAAGACAAAACUGAUUUACAUAGCAACAAUAAGAGUGACAAAAUCAGUGAGACACCAGCGAAGAGAAAAGAACAAAAAGCAAAGAAAAGGACAAAGACUGAAGAGGACACUGAUAUAUCGUGUCCAACACAAACACAGACACUCAAGGAGAAACAAACUAAAGGCGCCAAAGUCGAAAAAUCUUCUUCUAAUGGAUCCGAACAGAAAGCAGAGGAACCUGAAGUGGACAUCACCGACGAUCAUCAGCAGCUACCUACGAAAAGACCGAAACCUGAACUGAGCAAAGACGAGAGUCUGAAAAGAGAGAAGCUCCAGAAAAUGCUCCACAGACCGGAACCAUCGGGCCGACAGGAGACUCCUGCGGAGACUAAAGAGGAGCCGGCGGCACCAGAAGAAGAGGUGAAACAGGACCGCUCUGCCUCCCUCAGGUCCCGCAUGGAGCAGCGCCUGGAUUCGGCUCGUUUCCGCUACAUUAACGAAGUUUUGUACAGCACGUCGAGCGGCGAGGCGAAGCGCAUGUUCAAGCAGGACCCACAGGCCUUUGGGAUCUACCACAGAGGAUACACGGCUCAGGUCCAGAGGUGGCCUGCCAAUCCCGUGGAUGGGAUCAUCUACUACAUCCAACAGAAACCUCCCUCUCUCGUGGUUGCAGACUUCGGUUGCGGCGACUGUAAAAUAGCGCGCAGCGUGAAGAACAAAGUUCACAGCUUCGACCUGGCCGCUGCCUGCGAGCUCGUGACAGUCUGUGACAUGGCUGACGUCCCGCUGCGUGACGGCUCCGUGGACAUCGCUGUGUUCUGCCUUUCUCUCAUGGGAACCAACCUGGCAGAUUUCCUAGCAGAGGCCAAUCGUGUCUUAAAGAUGGGGGGCGUCCUUAAAAUAGCAGAAGUGGCGAGUAGGUUCGAAAACGUGCGGAGCUUCGUCACUGCGCUGGCUAAUCUGGGAUUCAAGAUGGUGUCCAAGGACACCGAGAACACUCAUUUCUACGCCUUUGAAUUAGUGAAGACGGGAAACGCUCCAGAAAAUCUGAAGAAAUUUGGACUGCAGCUGAAGCCGUGUGUCUACAAGAAAAGAUGAAUUUCUGCUCAUUCAAGCUGUCUUCCAAGCAGUACUUGUACAUUUUUAUCCAAAUGUAUUUGGUUUGGAUUGCUACAGUUCGAAGCCUCUGUUUUGUUUUGUUUUUUAAUCUGUACAUUUUCACGUAAUACAGGACUGAUUAUGUUCAAUCAAUAUCCAAGUGCAUGCAGGUUUCCUUCCGUUGGCCCUGGUUUCAGAUGAUCAGUGAAAUAACACAUUUUGUUUUUAUAGGAAAGGUUAUGUGAAUGUUCAGAUCCUCCUGUUGUAAAAGUGAAAAACAAAAUAUACAUUUUUAAGUAUUCUCAGGAGCACCAACACUUGUGAUUAUAUUCAUAUUUGUUGUAAAUUACAGCGAUUCUUUGGCUCUAAACCUGAAA